AUGCCGCCUCUGGAGCUCCUAACUCUACUACUCGCAUUCACCCGCUGCGCCGUCAGGUCUGCUCCCCUACAAAGCAGAGACAUCUACAACCCGCUCGACCCUCUCAAAAGCGUCGCCAGCGAACUCCUCAGCUUCACGACCGCAUUUUCUGGACCAGAUUCGACCGGCAAACAAUCUGGAGCGACUCCCGCAGCGUCCCUUACAGAUACGCAACAAUCUUCGGCGGCCUCCGCUGACACAAGCGGCACGCAAAAUGUAUUGAUAUCAACAGGCACAGCUCAAGCAUCAGGGAGCGCCGGAACAGGAAGCAUCACAAUAUCCGGCACCGCUACCCAACUAUCCACAGGAGGCGUCUCACCCAGUGCGUCUAACGAACCAAUCUCGACGACAGUCUCUGCAGGUUCUGCCACUUCCUCGCCAGGGUCUAACGCGGCAUCAAGCGGGGUAGUCCCAACUACCACUGGAAGUGUUGGUGCUUCAACUACGGGGACAAGCCCAGGUUCGGGCUCGAGUUCAGGUCCAGGAUCAAGCUCUGGCGGUUCAUCAGGAGCUGGUUCUGGUUCUGGCUCCGCCUCCGGCUCUGGCUCCGACUCAUCCUCCUCCUCCGCUGCGUCAACCAGCUCAGCCAGCCUCUCACCUGGCGAAAUUGCCGCCGUAGUGAUCCUCCCUGUCCUCGCGCUCUUUGCGCUUUUGUUCCUCCUCGUCCGGUACAACAAGCGCGUCCGAGAAAAGUACUCAGCCUGGAACCAAGCACGAGUGGAACGGGCCGCCUAUCGUCGAGCUCUUGACGACCCGGUCCUUUCAUUCGGCAUGCGCCAGCAAAACAACCCAGGGCUCGGGAUGGGCGACGUGGAGCAAUUAAUCCGUCCCUUCAGACCGCUGUCCUUCGGCUUCAGCAACCCCAGGAGACCGUUUCCUAGACAGCAACGGAAACCCCUAGAGUGGGAUCCAAAUAAAGUCGGAGGCGAUACCGCGUCGGCUAUUGGGAUGGCAGUCCCGCUGCCUGCGGGCCAGCAUAGCAGGAGUGCAAGUGAGGUGUCGGAGGACAGUGAUAUCUAUGGCGGCGAUGACCGGCCUGGGUCGAGGUAUCAGGAUGCUCGAUCCAACCAGGUUUCGCCAGACAAUGUGAUUUCAUGA